GAUUAUGGUGCCAUCGUUAGCUUUCGCUUCAAAUCACUGCCGGAUGACCACAUGUGACAAGUCAUGCAGAGAACAAARAAGUCCGAUGCAAUGACACUGCAUGUCGACGAAGACCGGCGGUGUUGACGCUCUUGCUACACAACGYACUGAAAUGGGAGGGAAGUUGCACUGCAAUGAUGAGAGUGAAUUUCUUGGUGUCACCGCAGCCUUACUUCUUCGUACAUUACUUAUAUCGAAAUAUUGAAAUAAGUCUUUGGGCCCUUUGAGGUUGAGGUAAGGAUUCUGUGUGCGUUUCGUGUACGUUGUGAUUGGUUACGUGGCGUGGCGUUCUUGCUUCCAUGACAAGCAAUUGGAGGCGGAUGCAACGAUAUUUAUCGACUAUUGCUCCAUUUGCUUGUGACAUGCAGUCCUUCGUCCCGAGUUAAAAUUUGGUUGAUCGUGCCAAGGUAACAUUCACCAGCUCGUGUUGUGUUGAAUUCUCAGGAAACGGAGGAAUGGAAAGGCAAUAGGCUUUCUGUUUCCCUCCCUAUCGUAACGACGCAACAUCUGUCUGCUCACACAACGUCUUCUGGCGUCUUGUAUUUUGUGUUCAAAACAAAGACAAUUAUACCAUUCGGUUCACGGCCUAACUUGCAUCGAUUGAUAUUUAUGUGAAUAACCACAGACCACAUCUGCCAAAGAACAGCACUGUAUCUUAUUAUCGAGCCUAGCCGUCUCCUUCCCUGAAUUCCGAUACCGUCGGCUUAAAGGAAAGUGAUCCGACAUGCAACUUUGAUUGCUUGAGAAUGGCACGCAAUCACUCGCAAUGUAACAAACAUGAAAACGSUAGAAUCAUCCCGAUUUCACGAAAUGGGUCUCCUGCAAGAACUGAGAGGCCCACGCCUUUGGUCCACCCAACCAGUUCGAAAGUGUCCACAUUCUUUGGAACGAGAUUGAAGAUUUUCUUCUCAUCACGAUCUGUUCUCUACGGUGAAGGAAAAAAUAGUGGUUAUUUGCCGUCYAAGCACGCCGGGCAUACACCAACAACUCAUAAMCACGGUACGAUUGAAACAACUUGAGGAAAGCAGUGUUCGUUGCGUUUGUCUUAACUAACAUCAUUUACUUUAUUAUUUUCGGWUYGACCACCCUUUCGCGAAACAAAGAGGUCUGGAAGAUAUACCUCUCAACCUUCGUAACUCGGGAGUGUACAGAGAGAACAUCACAUCGAACCACGUCAUCACCGAUCGGCAAAACAAGGUAAGCUCAUUGACAGCUGGAUGCAGCUAUCUGCGAUGACGUCAAUAUUCAAAUUACUAACAGAACUUAAUUCGUGAAACAUGCAGGGAAGGGRAGGGAAAGCGAAGAUUUGCGAAAGUAGUCAAGAGAUAGUCGUCACAAYACGACACGCUUCUCCUGCGGUUUUCUUUCUUCGCCUUUUUCUCAUUGAUUAAGCCGCAGCUUCGGCGGUUUCAGCGGCGGGAACUCCAUCGGAAUCCUCUGCCAACUCCUUGGCUUCUUGUUCUUCGAGGUUGGGGUCGGUGGCCUUGGGGGCUUCACGGCAGGUCAUGGCAUACCAAAUUCCGGAGAGAGCAGUGSUGAUUUCUUCAGAACUCUCGACCAAGGGCAAGAAGGUGAUGAUAAUUGCGGCUCCGAAUCCCCAGGCAAUGGCGACCAAGACCCAGAAGGCAAAGUAGUCUCGAGUGAAGACRCCAGCAGGGACGGAAAGGAGGGGCCACACAAUAAUCAAGACCAAGGUCAAGACGUAUCCACGUCUGGUGAUCCAACGCUCAGCGCGACGAAGCAUUUUCUUGUCGAGUUCGUCGUUGCUCAAACCACGGGUAUCUUCUUCGACCAAGGUGAUCUUUUCAUCAAGGGUGGAAAAGUCAAACUCUUGGGGAUCAAUGCACUUCGAAUAGAUGUAAUGGAUGAAACCAGAGGAAAGAAUGGCGAUGAGGUUACCAGAAAGCAUGACCUCAUUGGUACCAAGGGUGGAGACAGAGAUGCUUCCGCUUUGGACAUGAGCACCAACAAUCCAUCCAGUCAAGGCGAGGAUCAAUCCAGCCCAUGCAGAGAUGAUGGCUCCUUUUCCAGAAGCCUUAUCCCAGGUCAUCAAGUUCCAAAGUGGAAUAACGGCAGAACCGAUCAUGAUACCCAUAAAAAGGUAGACCCAUCCAAGGUUCAGUCCCAUGUAAUCGAGGAGAAUAGCAAGRGCUCCCAUGACUAAACCGUACCCAACAAUGACAACACGGGAAACGAACAAGAUCUGCUUUCCGGUGGCUUCAGGGUUCAUGUACUCUCGGUAGAUAUCGUACGAAACGAGAGACGAUACAGCGAUCGAUUCGGCGGAUCCGGUGGACACAAUGGCCAUGAACAACAUGAUCAAAAUGAGGGCAGAACCAACAUCACCGAGCAAGUGGGUGGCAACGGCAGGGGGGACCAAACCGGCGCCGGCUUCUGAAGCAGUGAUAGGGAGCAUCAAUGCGGUCGAAGCCAAACCGAGGGAAGUGGCRAGAGAGAAAGGAAUCGCAAACCAGCAAAUUCUGUUCAAUAAAUGGCAUUGAAAAUUUSGCMAAAAUCGCGUUCGUUAGACUGGCAACAAGCGGCAUUCAGUUCCCAGUCGAUCAGGGUUGCAUCUUUUUCCAACGCGUGGAAGUACGCGAAUGCAUGCAACAAAAUAAGACUUACCCUCCCAAAAGGUACCCUUUUGCGGCGGAUUCGGGGCGUGCAGCGAUGGCCGAUUGCCAGUAUGAUUGAUCAACAAAAACGGUUCCGAAGUUACCAACGAUGUUGAUAAUACCGAACAUGAGACCACCUCCCGAAAGCAUUGUAAGGUACGAUCCGUCGCGGUUAUCGGGGACGGCACCACAWGCGUAUGUWCCCUUCUCGUAGAAGGUAGUUUCUACAGAGUUUCCGGUAGAGUAGAUCUUUUGGCAUUCUUCCUCGGUGUAAGAAAYGGUUUGGUCGAGGAAUGUGAAGAUUUGGUCCGAAGAGUAAACCUUGAYGUAGACGAUGAAAACCAUGAGGAUCAAAACKAUGAAGAUGAUAACCGUGUGGAUGUAACUCGCCAAGAAGGUGGCUUGGAGACCACCGGAGGCAGUGUACAGGAUAACUCCCCAAGGAAUCAAAAAGGCAGCCAGGCGAUAAUCCAUUCCAGUCAAUGCUUCAACAGUGGCGGCACCACCGAGCAAAAGCAUGGAGGUCACGAUGAUGUUGGCGGCGAAGCAGAAGAAAAGGAAGGUCAGGUGAGCACCUUUUCCCCAUCGUGCCUUGACGAUUUCGCAGACAGUGUGCGCGGAGGGUGCGACCUUCUUGAGGUUGAUGGCUAGAACGCCGAACAACAAKACUUGAAURGUGGCGCCAGAUGCGUACCAGAAAGGUCCGGAGACUCCAUAUUGCCAGGCAACGUUGGAGGAUUGGAGAAGGGUUGCAGCCCAGGUCCAUUGACUCACGAUGACCGAAGCAGUCAAUCCAGUCUUAAUCAUACGRCCUGCAGUGCUGUUGAUCAAAACGACGAAUAAAGAAACAGGAGGGAAAUGAGAAUGAUCAAACCGUAUGAUUGGUGAGUGUCAAUAUAUCGUGUCACUGAAUCGUGAUUACAUGACAUGAUAUGACACAACAUCACAUGACACCGARGACAAUUCGCUGAACUUACUUGAAAUGCUCACUGGUGAUUUCUCCCUUCGCACCGAAGAACUUGUUGAUGUACACGAUCGCAGUGGUGAUGAUGCUGAACAGCAAUCCAAAUCCGAUGACAACAGUGUACCCGACCCAUAACGGAAGAGGGGCCUCCCCUUCAGGGAAAAAGCUUGUUGCGCCUUCGUACUCYUUAAAGGGAGGAAACACGUCGUUUCUGUUGGCAAGAUCACGGAGAUCUUCUAAUGUACUCAUGGUGGAURACAACGAUUUGUUAGAAGAGGAAAAUGUGAAAGUUACCUUUGUUGUCCAAAGAUGUCGUGAACAAAAUUACAAAAAUCUU